AUGAUAGGCCGGGACAAAAGUCGAACCUUCGCGACGAUUCGGGAGAGAAUUUUGAAAAGACUCCAGUCUUGGAGGAUAAACCUAUUUUCUUCGGCUGGGCGCGAAAUUCUAAUCAAAGCGGUGGUUCAAUCUAUUCCCACCUAUUUUAUGAGCCUAUUUCGAAUCCCGAAAUUCAUUUGUGACCAAUUGUUGAGUCUAGUUGCUCCAUUCUGGUGGGGAUCCCGGGAGGGUGAAAGGAAAUUGUCGUGGGUUAAAUGGAGCAGAUUAACUUUGUCCAAGCAACUUGGCGGUUUGGGCUUCCGAGAUCUUUCAAAGUUUAAUCAAGCUUUGCUGGGGAAACAAGCGUGGAGGGUCCUUUCGGAACCGGAUUCCUUAGUGUCUAGGGUUCUCAAAUCCAAGUACUUUCCUUCAUGUUCAUUCCUAGAAGCUUCACUUCGUCCAGGUUCGUCAUUCAUCUGGAGAAGCCUUCUGUGGGGUCGAGAAGUCAUUAAGGCCGAUACAAAGAUGCCCACUUCUGAUAACGCGAAUGAUGAAGAUGCUUCUUUGGAGACGAAUGAUGUGGAGCCACUCGAUGAAGAUGAGUCUUCAGAACCUGAGUUGCGGAGAUCAAAUCGAGAGAGAAGAAGUUCCACUAGGUACUCUCCAGAAGAGUAUGUGACAGUCACUAGCGAGGGGGGAGCCUCAAGGGUUGAAAGCCAUGCAUGA